UUAUCCAUUCCCGUGUUGUUCUCCAAAACAGAAAAUGACCCUCCGUCUCGUGUCAGCACCGCCAUCAUUUUCUCUCUUCACCUGCCGCUCCUCCGCCUCCACCGCUUCCACCGCGCUCCCUCCGGCUACGCCGAUACCAACGCCAGUGCCAGCUGCUUCAAUUCCACCUUCUCCGCCGUUAACGUGCGCACUUCACUGCCCGCACUUCCAAUCGUGUUCGGGGUGCACGCACGAGUUCAACCUCCACCGUCCGGUCAUAUUGGACGAUGCCAACGAUUUCUUUCGGAAACACGGUGUCUCCGACUUCACAUUUGACACGUGUAAACUGUGGGGUUGGAGGUGCCGUGCGAAAUUGGCCGUCCGUGGCUCUUCAACGGAGCCUCUGAUCGGGCUCUAUGAGGAGGGUACUCAUAACAUAGUUGACAUUCCACAAUGCAAAGCUCAUCAUCCUAAUAUUAAUGCUGCUGUGGAGCUGCUUCGAGGGGGUAUUACUGAAUUAGGCAUUGGACCAUACAUUGAAGAUGAAGGUACCGGUGAUUUGCGAUAUGUCCAGAUGGCGGUGACGACUUAUAAUACAUCUCUUCCUGCGGCUGAAAGAUACAUGAACGGAAAGGUUCAGAUUACAUUGGUUUGGAAUUCUAGAAAUGAAAAUUCACCUGGUGCUGACAAACUGAAUGCAUUGGCAAAUUUUCUAUGGAAAAAUGGUGGGCCACGGAGCAGGGUUCAUUUAAUUCACUCUGUGUGGGCCAAUUUUCAGACUUCUACUAACAAUAUAAUUUUUGGGAAUAGAUGGAGACAUCUUCUUGGAGAAAGAGAUUUUUGGGAACAUGUUGGUGGAAUUGAUGUGUCCUUGGCACCUUCUAGUUUUGGCCAGGCAAACACACGGGCUUUUGAUAUCUUGCUGCGGAAGUUACAAAAAUAUGUUCCAUAUGAAUCAGCUGUUGCUGAUUUGUAUGCUGGAGCUGGGGUUAUUGGGUUGUCAUUAGCUGCCACGAGAAAAUGCAGAUCUGUAAAAUGCAUUGAGAUAAACAAAGAGUCGAAGGCAUCUUUUGAGAAGACCAUUGAACGUUUACCUUCCACUGUUGACAGCAGUAUUACUUGGCAUCAUGCAGAUGCUUCAAAGGAGCCUUUUUUGUGGCUUUUGGGAUCAGAUGUUGUUGUCAUUGAUCCUCCUAGAAAAGGACUAGAUGCAUCUCUUAUUGAUGCAUUGAAAAACAUAUCAUCAAUCGAGCGGAAAGCCUUGUCAUCUUCUGAAAGCUCAAACUCAUCCCAGGAAGAGAAAAGACCAUGGGUUUUACGUGCUAAAGAAGCUUCAGUCCAGAUUGGAAGCAAACCACUACCGGCUAACAUCCCUCAAUCAGUGCCACAAACCCUUAUUUAUAUAAGUUGUGGAUGGGAAAGUUUUAAAGAGGACUGCAAGUCAUUGUUGUCUAGCAAGGCAUGGUAUUUGGAAAAAGCUCAUGGAUUUAAUUUCUUUCCUGGUACCCAGAGCAUUGAAGUCCUGGCAGUGUUCAAGAGGGGCCCUCAGAAAAAGAAACCAGGAAAGAAAAAGAAAAAACACUUGCAAAGAGCUGUGAAACAUUAACUUGGACAGGGUUCCUUAUACAGAUUUUCGUGUACAACAUCAAAUUAAUGUAAUGUUGCAUUGAAGAAAAGAAAUGGCAAGUUUUAUAGCAGUUUGGAGUGGAGAAAGUUUGCCAUUGCCAUUUGCGGGGCGGGGUGGGGGGAAGUCGUUUGUAUUGGGGGAAAAAGGAAUUGUGUUUCAUCGUUUGAUUAAUUGUGUUGAAAGAAUAUUAAAAUUUGAAUAUAGUUUUACAUUGCUUUUGUA